GUGGAUGCUAUACGAUGACAAGGACCCGGGUUCUGAGCUGCAGUGGAUGGCGGAGCAACUACAAUUAGCCGAAGACAACAAUGAAAAGGUCUUUCUCAUAAGUCACAUUGCACCAGGAGACGUGGACUGCCUCAAAUCGUGGGGUCACCAGUACAACAAAAUCGUCGUCAGGUACGAAUCAACCAUCGCCGGCCUGUUUUACGCCCACACACACUACGACCACUACAUGGUUUUCUACGACCACGAGCAGCCGGACCGCCCCGUACACGUUGGCUAUGUUGCUCAGAGUCAAACGCCAUACCCCGAGCUCAACCCUGGGUAUAAAGUGUACACUGUGGACGGGGACUAUGAAGGGUCGUCUUAUCGUGUAUUGGAUCACGAAAACUGGAUAAUCGACCUUGACGAAGCAAACCAGAACGACUUUCCGAACGUCACUUUACUGUAUUCUGCCAAGGAGGCUUAUGGACUUUCUGAUCUCUUUCCGACUUCCUGGUCAGAUCUUGUGUUUGAAAUGAAUCAGCCAAACAGCACUCUUUUUGAAGAUUUCUACAGGCACUACACAAAGGCAGCCAGACCGUACGCUGAGAAAGGGUGCGACGAGAAAUGCAAAUCGGACACCCUCUGUCGCCUCCUCGUGUCGGACAACUCGGAUAUUUCACACUGUAACCUCCUUUAGUGUCUAUUUAAUGGCGUUUUGUUCCAGACAUUCUUGACAAAUAAAGUAAAGAAAUAUUCUUUACAAAUAUUAUGUAUGUAGGUAGUUGUAUCAAAUAAAUGUGUGCCGAUGGUAAUGAAUAUUUAAACAGCA